UUAGUCACAAAGAGACACAGACAGGGGACUGUCAGCUGGUGCCGGAGGAGCUGAACACCGAGUCAUCAGCAAGUGGAAACACCUGAGGGGCAGCCUGUCCCCCGCCAGCCCCUGUCCUCGGCCGGCCCCAAGCAUGUGAUUUCAUUUUUAACCCUUGAGUUACCUGUGAAACCAGCAUGAGCCAAAAGCUCGUGACUGGCGUCCUGCUUCCCAGGCUGCUGAACAGAAUGUCCGCGGACGACCGGCACCUGGGCUCCAGCUGCGGCUCCUUCAUCAAGACGGAGCCGUCCAGCCCCUCCUCGGGCAUCGACGCCCUCAGCCACCACAGCCCCAGCGGCUCGUCCGACGCCAGCGGCGGCUUCGGCCUGGCCCUGGGCGCCCACGCCAACGGUCUGGACUCGCCGCCCAUGUUCGCGGGCGCCGCGCUGGGGGGCACCCCGUGCCGCAAGAGCUACGAGGACUGUGCGGGCGGCCUCAUGGAGGACUCGGCCAUCAAGUGCGAGUACAUGCUCAACGCCAUCCCCAAGCGCCUGUGCCUCGUGUGUGGCGACGUUGCCUCUGGCUACCACUACGGCGUGGCCUCCUGCGAGGCCUGCAAGGCCUUCUUCAAGAGGACCAUCCAAGGGAACAUCGAGUACAGCUGCCCGGCCACCAACGAGUGUGAGAUCACGAAACGGAGGCGCAAGUCCUGCCAGGCCUGCCGCUUCAUGAAAUGCCUCAAAGUGGGGAUGCUGAAGGAAGGUGUGCGCCUUGACCGAGUGCGUGGAGGCCGCCAGAAAUACAAACGACGGCUGGACUCUGAGAGCAGCCCGUACCUGAGCUUACAGAUUUCUCCACCCGCUAAGAAGCCAUUGACCAAGAUUGUCUCCUACCUGCUGGUGGCCGAGCCGGACAAGCUGUAUGCCAUGCCUCCCCCUGGCAUGCCCGAGGGUGACAUCAAGGCCCUGACCACUCUCUGUGACCUGGCAGACAGGGAGCUCGUGGUCAUCAUCGGCUGGGCCAAGCACAUCCCAGGCUUCUCGAACCUCUCUCUCGGGGACCAGAUGAGCCUGCUGCAGAGUGCCUGGAUGGAGAUCCUCAUCCUGGGCAUCGUGUACCGCUCACUGCCCUAUGACGACAAGUUGGUGUAUGCCGAGGACUACAUCAUGGACGAGGAGCACUCCCGCCUCGCGGGGCUGUUGGAGCUCUACCGGGCCAUCCUGCAGCUGGUGCGCAGGUACAAGAAGCUCAAGGUGGAGAAGGAGGAGUUUGUGACGCUCAAGGCCCUGGCUCUGGCCAACUCAGAUUCCAUGUACAUCGAGGAUCUGGAGGCGGUGCAGAAGCUGCAGGACCUGCUGCACGAGGCGCUGCAGGACUACGAGCUGAGCCAGCGCCACGAGGAGCCCCGGCGGACGGGCAAGCUGCUGCUGACGCUGCCCCUGCUGCGACAGACGGCCGCCAAGGCCGUGCAGCACUUCUACAGCGUCAAACUGCAGGGCAAGGUGCCCAUGCACAAACUCUUCCUGGAGAUGCUGGAGGCCAAGGUCUGAUGGCCCGGCACCCGGACCGACUCCCGCCCGCAGACACACCGGCCGACUGACCGCCGCGGACACGUCUGCGGCCACCAGCCUCGCCCUUCAAGCCCUGUAUCAUGGCCAUGAGCAGCCCCAGAGGAAGGGCGCGCUCGCCUCCGGGCUGUGGCCGAGUCCCGAGUGCAGCGGGGCAGGGGAACAGGGAGGGGAGGGCAGGGCGUGGGCUCCUCUGUAACCGGCUUUUUCUUUGGUAUGUUUUUUCCUUCUCCGUGGGCAGUGCUGAGGUCUGGGCCAGGGCUGACUCCCUUGAGACUGGAGACCAUCGAGGAAGCGGCCCCCCCCUGCCUCCAAACCCCCAAGAGACGGCAGUGCAUAUCCUAGCCCCACCCCCGCCCCAUCCCCAUCCCCCCCCCCAUGCACUGGGUGGGCAGUGCUCAGCGCCCAGGACCCCACCCAAUUCAGGCUGGGUGCCACCGGAAAUUGUCCCUUCCCAGCUUUCUUCCGGAGGCCCCGCCUACUCUGAGGUUCUUUGGGGCCCCUCCAGAGGCCCCACACCUUCCCCAGUCCAGGCGGCUCCUGUCCUGCAGCCUUUCAGCCUGGCGCACAUGCAGCUCCCGUUAGGGACUCACCGUCCAGAGAGCAGCUGCCAGAGCCUGUGCAUCUUCCUGGGCUCCACCCCUCGGUGCCCUCCCACCUGCUGUCACCACGGCACCAAGGCCCACCUGUCUUCGUCCUUUCCCCUCCCCUCCCAAGAGAUCCCUGCUGCAUCCUGCCCCUACCUCAGAGCUCAGUGGGUUCAGCCAGCCAAGGUGACUUCAGGUCUAUAGCUGGGAACAGUGCUGGCUCGGAGAAGAGCAGGGUCCAGGCAAUAUUCCCCAGAGCUCCCCCUUCUGCUUGCUUCUCCCCCCCCCCCCCCGGUCAGCCUUCAGGGCAGGUCCGGAGCAGGUGGGCCUGUGGGAAGUUGGGGAGUCUAGGGGCCUAGCCCCCUCUGAGGGCACCCUGGGCACUGAUUUCCAGGCUGGCAGUCCUGGGAGGAUUGGGGCAAGAUGGGGAGAGGUUUGAACCAAUUUUUGCUGAGCACAGAAAGCCUCAGAAGCGAGAUAAGCAGGCGGGGAACCCUGAAGACGGGGCACUCGCAAGUUGCCAGCCAGCCGAGGGGCUGGCUUUUGUGGGCAGUAGACAGGUCACCCCGCGCCCUGCAUUCCAGAGGGUUGGGCAAAUCUGUCACAGGAGGGGCGAGGUGUGACGUAGCUCCCGUAUCUCCCCGAGUACACUGAGAAGGCCCAGCUGUGUGGCAGGACACUCCCCACCCCCCCACGCCCCCGUCUUCCUAGCUGCUGUGUCAGGUGACUAACCAGCCCGGUUUGCCCAGGAUGUUCCUGGUUUUAGCGCUGAAAGGCUGUGUCCCGGGAAACCCCUCAGUCCCAGGCAAAUGGGGACAGUCACCAGACUUCUGUGAGCGGCCUCAAGGGUCGGUUAUAACCCACUCGGGGCACCCUUAGCGCCCCCUCUGCUACACACAGGUUGGCCCAUGGUAGCUCAGGGCCCCCCGAGGAUGAAGGGGGGGUCGGGCGUGCUGGGGAAAGCCCCUUCCGAGCAGCUGCCUUUGAAGCGGGGAUCAGAGCAGCCCUACCUGGGACACUUGUGGGGGAUCUGCACCCAUGGACCCCGACCUCCUGGCACGCGGAGAGGCGGGCGGAUCGGCCUGCCCAUCGCCAGGUACCCGGGGGCCAGGUGCCGUCUCCCACAGCCCUGUAGCUUCCAUGGGAGCAGCUGAUGCUGGUUUCGCCUUGCUGCCUCUCCCCACCCCCCAUCCCCAGACCCCACCAUCUGAACUGUGCUAGGACCUGCUGAGGUCACCCCAGGCCUGAGGGUUGGCCAAGACCCAGCAGCUGCCCAGGGGCUCUCUGAUGUCCUCAUGUACGACAUAGAAAGUGUUCCAAGAGGCCUCACAGCCCAGCGAAGUGUGCUGUCCCGUUAGCCUGUGGGGAAUGCAAGGCCGCAGCCACUGACGGUCUGCGUUGGAAUUACUGCCCAGGAUGCUUCAUCCCUAGCUCUCUGGGCAGUCCCGAUGCGGGUGGGCGCACAGGCAUCGAAGCAUCGAGGGACCCGAGCAAAGCCCCCAGUCUGACAACUGGUAGGAGCGAUGCCCUAAGGUCCGAACUCGAGGUCCCUCACGGUGAGAGAAGCCGGGGUCUGCUCCUUGGGAGCCUCCCCCCAGCCUCCUGCUGUGCUGUGUGCUUGAGGAGGGGGCGCUGAGGGUGGCACCCCGGCACGAGCGUGAGGCCAGGGCCCGUGCGCAGCUACCGUUUGCUGCCCAUCCUUUUUAGGAGAAGCAUCUCAGCUGCUGGUACAACUGGUUGGGGGUGGGUGGGUGUUGCGUACAUAGUGUGUGGAUGGAUCCGGGGCUUCUGCAAGUGUCCUGCUAUCCGAGCCCCCCUCUAACAGUGAGGGGGAGGCGGCGAGCCCGAUGGCUCUGUGCCAGGGAGCUGGAUGCUGCUCGUACCCUGAAACCCCGGUGGCCGUGGGAGGUGGAUCUGGCACAAUGGGAUCCCUGGCCACCAGGAAAGGCCCUGGUGUGUACGAACGGAGCCACUGGAUGUGCAAAGAAAAAAUGGAGGCCAACUUCUUGGUUGGAGGCCUCGCCAGCUUUGGGGCCUCCUGGGAAGAGGGGGGCCCUGACUUAGUGGGGGAUGGUGAAGCGAGGAGAAUUUAGGACACCCACCCUGCCCCCAAAACGGGAUGGAACUCGCACACGCACACACACACACAAACCCCGAAUCUGCUGUUCCUGGAAAAUCUGUAAAGAGGAAAUUGUGCCCUUCUCACUUGUACUCUCAUGAUACAGGUCAUUGAAAUGAACCAAGAAAUAAAAUGUAAAAA